AUGUUCUCUGCGGUCCGUCACGCCUCUCGCUCUGCCGGUGCGCUCCGCGCCGUACGUGUGCCCGCCCAGGCGCGCAUUGUCCGACCCGCACAAUGGGCACGCACGCUUGUCACUACCAAGUACUCGGAGGACCACGAGUCUGUGCAGUUCGAUGACGAGACCAAGAUCGGGACCGUGACGAUUACUGAGUACGCGCAGACGAGCCUCGGCGACGUCGUAUUCGUCGAACUGCCCGAAGAGGGCUCGACUGUGGAGAAGGGCGAUUCUGUCGGUGCAGUAGAGAGCGUGAAGGCCGCGUCUGACAUUUACUCGCCCGUUUCCGGCAAGGUCGUUGCGAUCAACUCUGCAUUGGCAGACCAGCCGUCUCUGCUCAACAAGUCUCCGGAGGGCAAGGGCUGGUUGUUCAAGGUCGCAGUCGAGAAUCCGGCGGAGCUCGACGAGCUCCUGACAGCCGAGGCUUACAAGGAGCACUGCGAGUCAUGA